UUCACGUGGCACAUUUCUUUUAUUACGUGGAGUCCUAGAGCUCCUGAACCUUGUGGCCAGUUGGAUGUUGCCAGCAUGUGGCUGUAGUCACGGAGGGACCUAACAGUCAGCCAUUUUAUUUGUCUCCUGUUUCAGCCCAACAAGGGUUGUUAAAGAAAGUGCUAUGUCUAAAAAGCAACAACACUAUGGUCUACCAGCCAUGAAAUAUGGAGAUAAAGAACACAAUGCUAGUGGUAGCUCACUUCAAGAAAAAAAGAAAAGUUGCAGUUCUUUGGGAGAUAGUUGGGAUAGGAGCGACACUUCUGAAGAACACAGUGAAUAUGGUGCUCAGUCUUCAAUCUUCCAAGAGAAAAAUGGAAAUGCAGAGAUGAAAAAUGGCCAGGAAGACCCAGAAGUAAAACACACUCCCGAUAACAUCCAACAAAAACAGAGGUCAGUGAAAUGGCAUGAUGAGGACAGUAUCCAUAUUAAUAUGUGGAGAGAUAAAAAACUUCAAGGGAGAAAAAUGGAAGACAAUCCACAAGAUGUUACCCCAGUGAACUGGUUCAAGAUCACAAUUCCUGAGGGGAUAAAGUAUGAUAAGACCUGGCUAAUAAAUUUACUCCGGAGCCAUUGCAAUAUACACUUCAUUCCAGUGGAUUUCCACUAUGUGAAAAACCGGGCUCGGUUCUUCGUCCAAGAUGGCAGCGCUGCUUGUGCGCUGAAGGACCUCAGCAAUAAGAUUUAUGAUGAGGCGAACCAUAAGAUCUAUAUUGUUGUCUGUAAGUCUACUGAACCCUACUCUGUACAGAAUAUGUUGGAGCCAGAAAAAAUGGAGCAUCUGGAGGUGACCAUAAACAAACGAUAUGAUGUCUCCCAGCAAGCUCUUGACCUGCAUAGGCUCCGCUUUGACCCAGACUUGAUGAUCCGUGAUAUUGAUAUAAUCUUGAAUCGAAGGAGCUGCAUGACUGCCACCCUGAAGAUCAUCAAAAAGAACUUCCCCGAGCUCUUGUCCCUCAACUUGUGCAACAACAAGCUGUACCAGCUGGAUGGCCUGAGUGACAUUGUGCAGAUGGUCCCCACAGUCAAGAGGCUGAAUCUCUCCAGAAAUAUGUUGAGGUUGACAUGGGAACUGAGCAAGAUGAAAGGGCUGAACCUUCAAGAACUUUGGCUGGAUGGGAACCCCUUGUGUGACACCUUCCCUGACCAGUCUAGCUACGUGAGUUCCGUCCGGGCGUGUAUCCCCACGCUGUUACGCCUGGAUGGGAAGGAGUUGCCCUCACUAGUUGUCAUUGACAUUGACAACCCUUACUUCACAAAGCCCUGCAAGAAAAUCACUAAAGAUUCUGAGACACUGAAGAAUCUGAUCAUGAACUUCCUGCAGCAAUAUUACUCUAUCUAUGACUGUGGAGACCGAAAGGGUCUUCUCUGUGCUUACCAUGAGGAGUCCUGCUUCUCCCUGAGUGUUCCUUUCAACCCUGAGGACCCAGCUCCAAGAAGCAUGUGGCUGUACCUCAAGGAUAGCAGGAAUAUGAAAAAUCUCAGGGACCCCUACCUGCGGAAUAAGCUUCUGAGACAUACAAGCAAUGACAUUAUAAAGGCCCUGUGCAUGUUGCCGCAAACUCAGCAUGACCUCGGCUCCUUCCUGGUGGACUUGUGGGUCCACACGGAAGCCAUGCUCUGCUUCUCUGUCCACGGGGUGUUCAGGGAACUGGAAGAAAAGUCUCCAUUCGCCGUUCGUGGUUUCACAAGAAACUUUAUCAUCACCCCUGGCAGCAAUUCCAGUGUCUGCAUCGUGAAUGACGAGCUGUUUGUGAGGGACGCCACCCCCUAUGAGACUCAGAACGCGUUCUCCACUCCACUGCCCGUGCCCACCGCCGGCUCUGUGCCCGUCCUGUUGCAGCAGCAGCAGCAGCAGCAGGAGAUGGUGCAGGCUUUCUCCGCCCAGUCUGGGAUGAACCUGCAGUGGUCCCAGAAGUGCCUGCAGGACAACGAGUGGGACUACCUCAGAGCUGGGCAGAUCUUCACCGUGCUCAAGAACCAGGGCAAGAUCCCGGAAGAGGCCUUCAAACCAACCCCCUAAACAGGCCCUCGGAUGUCCUGCUUGUCCCCCUGUAUGUCAUCUUUGUUUCCCUUUUCUUCACCCUAAGGCCACCCCAGAGUGAGGGUUGGCGGCCUGGCUGGCCAAGGAGCCACAGUCCCCUACCGUAGGGUCAGUUGGCUCCGGUGUUCCCUGUUUUCCCCACCCGGAUUGUUGGCAUUUUCAUAGUAAAGAGUGGCGUUGU